ACGUUUUUGUCUUGUUAUUAUGGUUGGUAUUGCAAAGGCUAAUUACGGAUCACUCACCAAUAUUUCCUUUCACAGACAUAGCUGAUAGCGCACGCCCUUCUCCCUUCCUUCCAGUAUUAGUUGCAGAACCUGAAUCUUCUUCAAUUGCUCUGCUCAAGUGGAGGUGAGAGGGUUAGUCUGUGGAAAUGGCGACUGGAACCGUACCGGCAUCCUUUUCAGGUCUAAAGAGCGGGGACUCGAGCUUGGGGUUUGCGAAAAGAAUGGAUUUCAUUAAAAUCGUUGAUUUAAAGAGGAUCAAGUCUGGUAGGAAAAAAAUCUCAGCGAUUCGAAAUUCACAGUCUGCUCCGGAAAUCGCCGAGAUGCAGCCUGCUUCAGAAGGAAGUCCUCUAUUAGUUCCUAGACAGAAGUACUCUGAGUCCUUGCACAAAACUGUGAGGAGAAAAACAAGGACUGUAAUGGUUGGUAAUGUGGCCAUUGGUAGUGAGCUUCCUAUUAGGAUUCAAACAAUGACAACUACUGACACUAAAGACGUUGCAUCAACAGUUGAACAGGUAAUGAGAGUAGCAGACCAGGGAGCAGAUCUUGUUCGGAUAACUGUUCAAGGAAAGAGAGAAGCGGAUGCAUGUUUUGAAAUCAAAAACUCUCUUGUCCAGAAAAAUUACAAUAUCCCUUUGGUAGCAGAUAUUCAUUUUGCUCCUUCUAUAGCCUUGCGAGUUGCUGAGUGCUUUGACAAAAUUCGCGUAAACCCUGGAAAUUUUGCUGAUAGGAGGGCUCAGUUUGAGAAGCUAGAGUACACUGAGGAUGACUAUCAGAAUGAACUUGAGAAUAUUGAGCAGGUUUUUACGCCGCUAGUUGAGAAAUGUAAGAAAUAUGGAAGGGCAAUGCGCAUUGGAACAAACCACGGGAGCCUUUCGGAUCGUAUAAUGAGUUAUUAUGGGGAUUCUCCUAGGGGAAUGGUUGAAUCUGCAUUUGAGUUUGCAAGGAUUUGUCGGAAGUUGGAUUAUCAUAAUUUUCUGUUCUCAAUGAAAGCAAGCAAUCCAGUUAUCAUGGUCCAGGCUUACCGUUUGCUUGUAGCCGAAAUGUAUGUUCUAGGCUGGGAUUAUCCACUACACUUGGGAGUUACUGAAGCUGGAGAGGGUGAGGAUGGACGAAUGAAAUCUGCAAUUGGCAUUGGAACCCUUCUUCAGGAUGGCUUGGGUGAUACAAUCAGAGUGUCACUUACAGAACCACCUGAAGAGGAGAUAGACCCCUGCAGAAGGUUGGCCAACCUUGGUAUGAGAGCAACUGAUCUCCAGCAAGGGGUGGCACCAUUUGAGGAGAAGCACAGACGUUAUUUUGAUUUCCAGCGUCGUUCUGGUAAAUUGCCUGUUCAAAAGGAGGGUGAAGAGGUUGAUUACAGAGGUGUCCUGCAUCGUGAUGGCUCCGUACUCUUGUCAGUAUCACUAGAUCAAUUAAAGAUGCCAGAGCUUCUGUACAAGGCACUUGCGACAAAGCUUGCUGUUGGCAUGCCAUUUAAGGAUUUGGCAACAGUAGACUCAAUCUUAUUGAGAGAGCUUCCACCACUAGAUGAUGAUGACUCUCGGCUAGCUCUGAAAAGAUUGAUCGAUAUAAGCAUGGGAGUUAUAACACCUUUGUCAGAGCAGCUAACGAAGCUCUUACCGAAUGCCAUGGCUCUCGUAAAUCUUAAGGAGUUAUCGACUGGAGCUUACAAGCUUUUGCCAGAAGGCACACGCUUGGCUGUCUCUGUGCGUGGUGAUGAGCCCUAUGAAGAAUUGGAGAUUCUUAAGAACAUUGAAGCUACGAUGCUUUUUCAUGAGCUACCCUUCACUGAAGACAAAAUUAGCAGAGUCCAUGCAGCAAGGAGGCUAUUUGAGUAUCUUGCAGAGAAUGCUCUGGAUUUUCCUGUGAUUCACCACAUUCAGUUUCCAACAGGGAUUCACAAGGAUGACUUGGUCAUUAAUGCUGGUGCCAAGGCGGGAGCCCUUCUCGUAGAUGGACUUGGUGAUGGAGUCCUAUUAGAAGCACCGGAUCAGGACUUUGAUUUUCUUAGGAACACUUCUUUCAACCUGCUACAGGGUUGCAGAAUGAGGAAUACAAAGACGGAGUAUGUCUCAUGCCCAUCCUGCGGUAGAACUCUGUUCGACCUUCAAGAAAUCAGUGCAGAGAUACGAGAGAAGACAUCACACUUACCUGGUGUUUCGAUCGCAAUCAUGGGUUGCAUCGUCAAUGGACCUGGGGAGAUGGCUGACGCAGAUUUUGGAUACGUCGGUGGUGCUCCUGGGAAGAUCGACCUUUAUGUUGGAAAGACGGUUGUAAAGCGUGGAAUUGCAAUGGAGCAUGCAACUGAUGCAUUAAUCCAGCUCAUAAAAGACCAUGGCCGUUGGGCAGACCCUCCUGCAGAAGAUUGAGAUAUAUGGGUUCUGGUUGGCUUAUAUCAACAGACAACAGGUGGUGGAAAAUGUAUUCAUCGAGUGUUUCCUUCGUGUCGUACGUAAAGUCAAAACCAAUCCAUUUAGAUUGCAUUAGAUCAACGUUUGUCCUGUGUAGUAUGCCGAAAAAAUAAGCUUUGUUCCCGACUAGCAGAGAGUAGAGGCGAUCUACUCUAUUGCGCGGAGCACGAUAUAAUAAUUUAAAAGGGUAAGUAUUAGAAAAGCCCAUCUAUUUUGUAAAAUGGUUCAACUGAGCCCUCUUACUUUUUUUUGGGUCAUUCAAGCCCCUCUAUUUUGAAGAGUGGGUCACGUUAGCCCCUUAUAGUAACAGAUGUUAAAAAUGUGUUGAUGUGGCGGUUAAAUAUUGAGCUGGAUUAUAUGAAUAAUUUGUUAUUAAUUUCCUAUUUGUUGACUA